CGGGAAAGCUUGGCGCCAAUGGUGUCAAAAUGGCUUAUUCUCUAUUUAAACCUAACCCAACUUACUCCCAACCCCUAAUCAUCGCUCUUCCCAGAAACCCGUUUGGCUAUUGCUUCACUCCUCCUCGUCGUUUCAUCACAAUGGCAACCACCAACAACGCCCCCGAAAUCAACGACCCACCAACCAAGCUUCCCAAGCUUCGCGAAAAUGGCGUCCAUCAACCUGCUCAGAGUAGCACUUCAUUUUUCAGAGUAAAAAGGCUAUCUGAAAAAGCUGUUAUUCCAACAAGAGGCUCUCCCCUCUCCGCGGGCUACGAUCUCUCGAGUGCGACGGAUACGAAAGUUCCAGCCAGAGGAAAAGCUUUAGUACCAACUGAUCUGAGUAUUGCUGUGCCAGAAGGAACUUAUGCCAGAAUUGCUCCUCGAUCUGGGUUGGCGUGGAAGCAUUCGAUUGAUGUGGGAGCAGGGGUCAUAGACGCCGAUUACAGGGGUCCCGUUGGGGUUAUACUGUUCAACUAUUCAGAUGUAGACUUUGAAGUCAAGCUUGGGGACAGGAUUGCUCAACUGAUAAUUGAGAAGAUAAUAACCCCAGAUGUCAUGGAGGUUGAAGAUUUAGAUGCCACCGUCAGAGGCAGCGGAGGGUUUGGGUCUACAGGCGUUUAGUAUCUUAGGAAAAGUAGAGUAGUUCGGUUUGUAAUUUUGUUGAACAGUUGGUGAACAACUGCUAUGAACGUUCUCUGUUCUCUGUAUAAGUAGCAGACCUAAGAGGGGAUGAGAGUUGUGAAGUGCAGUUUGGUUGGUAUCAAUGGAUCUAAUCUGAUGUGCUUUUAGAUCU